UUUAAUACCAGACUGAACAAAUCCACUGACGCAAGACGGAGACGCUGGAAGGCUUAAAUCCUGAUUCCCUGCACUAGAAAAACAUGGAUUUCCUGGAGCUGAUAUUCACUUUGCUGGGUGCAGCAGUUGUCGUCUACUAUGGAGGGAAGCUGGUGCUCUUCAGUAGGAUGCUUUUUCCUAAAUGGUGUUUUCCUCUGUCAAAGACCUUCUUCACUUCUAUGGGAGAAUGGGCAGUGGUGACUGGUGCGUCAGAAGGCAUAGGAAGAGCUUAUGCAUUUGCACUUGCUGACCGAGGAAUGAAUGUUGUCAUCAUGAGUCGAACUAAAGCCACGCUGGAAAAGGUGGCAGAGGAAAUAGGUGAAACCACAGGACAGAGGGUGAAGGUGAUUGUGGCAGACUUCAGUGAAGAGAAUGUCUUCAGAAAAAUAGAGGAAGAGUUAAAAGACCUUAACAUUGGCGUUUUAGGUCAGACAUUCCUAUUUUUUCCUCUAUUUCAUAUUCAAAGCAUAAUUAUGAAGGAUAAUUCUUUCUCCAAAACAACAUCUUUUGUCUCCCCGUACAUAGUUAACAACGUCGGGGUGCUCCCCACCUUUAUCCCCUGUAAGUUUCUCGAAUCUGAGGAUCUGGACAAGACAAUAACAAAGGUGAUAAACUGCAAUGUGAAAACAUUGUGCAAGAUGUGCAAAAUAAUCCUCCCAGGCAUGGAGAACAGGAAUAAAGGGGUGAUCAUCAAUGUCGCUUCAGGAAUUGCUUCUUUUCCCUUUCCACUCUAUACCCUUUAUGCUGCAUCGAAGGUCUUUGUGGAGCGAUUUUCUCAAUGUCUCCAAGCAGAGUACAAAGAUAGAGGGAUCAUCAUACAGGCUGUGGCUCCUUUCGGGGUCUCCACUCGGAUGGCGGGUUUCCAAAAAACGAACAUUGUGACUCUGCUGCCAGAAUACUUUGUACAAACAUCCCUGCAGUACCUCAGAGCUGGAGACAAAAUCAACGGCACUAUCUGCCACACACUCCUGGCCUGGUUGCUGCAGUCUAUUCCCCUUAAGCUUUUCUAUGCUGACAUUGUGCUGCAAGGCUUACAGGACUACGUUAAAAAGAAAACAGGUCAGAGAGAAUCAGUUUCUGAGUCAAAAAUGGAAUCUAAGAAUGGUAUGAAAAAAUAGGAACACAUGAAAUUGUUGAAUCCACUUUUAGUAAUGGAACUGAUGGAUGCUGUGAACAACAGAAGGAGUCGAUUAUUAUGAUUUUUGUGUUUUUAUAUGUACAUAUUUAUGGCUAAAAUUAUAAAGACCUAUGAUUUCCUGUUAUUUCCUGUUAUGUGAAAAAACAAACCCUCAAUAAAUUAAGCUUAACACACUAAUGCACAGCUUUAAAGUUUUAUUGUACAAACUGUUUAAAACUAGUUUUUGUCAUAAUUUCUUAUGUCCUGAUUUAUCAAUCUAUGUUGUAUCUGCUAUAGUGUUAUUCAAACAGAUGUCAGGUAAAUGUAUCACAAACUAUUAAAAAUAAAAUGCAGCUCUGUAUAACUCAC